AUGACGAUAAACCCCGAAUUGGAUCAUGAAGAUCGCGAGGAUGCUCCCUUCCUUCAAUCCGGCAUCAAUCACAGCUCACCCAGCUCCUCACAACAUCAUCGACGUCCAUCGCUCCGCGAUGUCCCCGAAAAGCCCCCCCGUCCAGCCGGCGCCGACGAGGCCGCCGGCAAUUCUGCCCGCAAGAUCACCUUCCGCCUAAAACUUAUUCUCUUCGCCAUGGUUCUGGCCGUCGAGAUCGGGUUCGCUUUCCUCGAAGGCCCGAUGGUCCGAAUCAUGGAAGAUAUUGCCUGCCGGCAAUACUUCCUUGAGACGGAUCCCAGUAAAAUUGGCACCAAUGGGCAAAUCCCCGAGGAGAUGUGCAAACUGGCCGAGGUGCAGGCCGAAUUAGCCGCGGUGAAGGGAUAUCAUAUGUUUUUUGAUGGAUUGUUAAGCGCACUCAUGGCGUUCCCCUACGGUCUGCUGGCAGACCGCCGAGGUCGUAAAUCCACCCUCAUUCUCGGUGUUCCGGGCUUCUUUUUAAACUCACUUAUCACCGUGGUCGUUUUGUGGUUCUCAAACGUCCUCCCACUGCGGGCCGUAUGGCUGUCUUCUUUGGCGUGGUUGAUUGGUGGCGGUCCCGUGGUGGCCUUUGCUAUUAUUUGGACAAUGAUGGCUGAUGUCACGAAUGAGGCAGAACGGGCUACACUCUUUUUCCAAUUCGCCAUUGUUUCUAUGGGCACGGAUUUCGUGUCGAGCACUCUGGCGUCCUGGCUGAUGACCAUGGAUCCAUGGGCUCCCCUCAUCAUAGGAUAUGCGAUUGUGAUGGGCGGUCUAUUGUUCAUCUUCAUUUUACCCGAAACCAAACAUGCGAUUCCCUCGCCGGAAGUUGCUCCAGCGCAUUUGGAGCUUUCCAAUCUGACCGAGGACUCCAACGAGUCUACUCGUACCUACCGCAAGCCUGAAGAGGCUGGAUUAUAUCAUGACGAAAGCGACCUCGACACCAGUGACGACGAACAUCGAAACGCGCACUUGUCCUGGAGCUAUCCCACGUCAGAUCGACCGUCAUUCUGGGCCAGAUGUCGAGUCAACUACCAUCUCUACAUGAAACCAUACUUUUUCAUCCUCAAUCGCAAGCCGGUGUUGUUGCUACUGACGGCCUUUCUGGUCUACCGUCUCAGUCGCGGCUCAUCCUGGUUCCUUACCCAGUAUAUCUCCAUUCGGUAUCACUGGACUCUCGCCCAGGCCAACAUGCUCGUGGCCUCUCGGCCCACCGUCUCCAUCCCCAUCUUCCUCUGGGGCCUUCCUUACUUGAAAAAAUACGUCCUCAGCCCACGCCGCACAGCAACCGAGAAAGACCUCUGGUUGGCGCGCGCGAGUAUCUUCUGCUUCACCUUGGGCACGCUGGGGAUCAGUCUCUCGCCGUCCGUGGCCACUUUGAUCCCGAGCAUGAUUGUGCAAACCUCUGGAUCAGGCUUUGUAUUUUUGACUCGCUCCAUCAUCACCACGCUUGUUGAGCGGGAUGAAACCGCCCGUCUGUAUACCGUGAUUGAGAUCAUUCAAUCCUUUGGCAACGUUGUUGCAAGUCUCGCCAUCACCAAGGUCUUCCAAGUGGGAUUGCACAUGGGGGGCAUUUGGAUUGGAUUGGCGUGGAUGAUGACCAGUCUGUUGUUUUGCAUGGUGGCUGUGUCACUUUGGUUCUUCCGACUGCCGCCCAGCCCACCGACUCCGGAGUUUGUGGUUGCGGAAUUUGAUGGCGCAGACUAA